AGCGCCAUUGUCAGUCAGUAACACAUGGCGAACGCAGACGGACUGGCAAUCUUUGCUCCCUUCGUUUAGUCGCGCCCCGGUGCCCGUUAUUUUACUGUGGACGAACUUAUCGAUCGAUAUCAACGCAGCCUCCAACCGAAAGGAGGGAACGUUUAAGGAAAAAAAACAGGGGUGGUGCAACUGCAAGUUCGUCUCGGUUGCGUUUUACAUCAAAUCAAAUGUUUCACGCGAACUGGAAUUGAUUAACCUCGAAACAAUUUAAUCUUUCUGCGGACUUCAUUAAUGACACGAAAUCGUGGCGUCUCACAGAAGAACGGUGAUAAUUAAUAGUGCCUCGUUCAAACAAACAUACCAUCAAUGUCUGUCUAUUUACGUCCAUUCAAUUCGUUGCCGGUAAAAAUCGUUAAACUGAUAAGAACCCAACUUCUGCCUUCGGGAUUGAGAUUCCGGUGAUCCAGGAUUAACGUCAGUAACGGCGCAGCUGUCGACCAGAGUGCUGAAGCUCUUCAACAAACGCCGGUCUUUCUUUUUCCUUCAUCAAACAUCGAUUGAGAGUGAGAGUUCAACUCGAAGACUUCAAAGUGGCCUACCACUUCACUUGUACCGAAGUGAUUGACUGAUAAGAGUUGUUCGGUUAGCUCUUGAUUUGUUGUGAACGAGCACCGAAACAUUAAAACGAUUUAGGGAACCAGUAGUAAAUCGUCAUCAUCAGUUGCCAAAAAAAACGGUGUCAGUGCUAGUACUAGUAAGAGGUUAUCAUGAGUGGUGACGAAACGGCUAAGCGGGACGUAUCAGGGGUCGAAAAUGGAUCAGCUGCUUCUGCUGCCGCCAAUAAUGGUGGAAGCGCCACCAAACUAAACGUCCAAUCCGUGCCCGGGGAUCUGAAGCAGAUCGUCCUGGACGGGUUGGAAAAGAAGGGGGACCGAGGUAGUUGGCUGUGGAUUUUGUUCAUCCUCUGCCUAACGCCGAACAUUUUGAAUGGUUUCCACGUGUCGUCGUACGUUUUCCUGGGGCAGAUGCCCCAAAACUACUAUUGUGUCGUUCCGGAGCUGCUGCAAAAGGGUUGGAGUCACGACGAAAUUCGAAACAUUUCCACCUUGAAUGGAAUCACUCAGAACGGAACGUGUAGAAUCCUCAACUGGAACUACGAUGAGCUAGCUCCGAUGAACUACACGGAGGCGGUGACCUUUUUGGCCGGUAAACCCAACCCGGAAGAGGUGUCCUGUCUGAGAACGGCCGGUUUCGAGAUGUACUACGAUCAGCAGCCAGGGGCGUCCAUCGUUCCGGAGUGGGAUUUGAUUUGCGAGCGGACGGCACUGCGCUCGACGGUUCAGGUUGCCCUGUCGAUUGGGAAGUUUUUUGGAGCCUCAACCUUUGGGGUGUUGUCGGACAAGUUUGGCCGCAAGAGUAGCUUUUCGAUAGCGGCCUCGCUAUACAUUGUGUCUAACUUGUUGACCACGUUUUCGCCCGUCUAUCUGCUGCUGCUGUUGGGUCGCAUCGGAUUGGGUGCCUCGGCUUCCGGUGUGUUUUAUCCGGCAUUUGCGCUGCUAACAGAAAACAUCGGCAAUCGACACCGAUCGUGGAUGAGCAUUGCCUUCAACUUUUCGUAUCCAAUCGGUAUGCUGAUACUGGCAUUGGCCGCUUAUUUGAUCCACCCGUGGCGGGACCUUUCGCUGGCCCUGACGAUACCAUCGUUUCUGCUGGUUAUCCACUUCUACUUUCUGGUCGAAUCUCCCCGGUGGUUGCUGAGCAAGGGCCGGGAACGUCGUGCUUACCGGAUGGUGUUCGGACGGAAGGCACCCCAGGAGCUGUGUGACAGUGAGAAGGAAUUGAACCCGGACGAAUCGAUGACGAUUGCCGGUGGAAAGGGCACCGAACCGAGCUCAUUCAAUCACAAGCUCCGUAUGCUGUUCAGCGAGUUCACAAAACUGUACGGCACCCCAAUACUCUGCCGGAGGGCUCUGAUAUGCCACUUCACGUGGUGUGUCACUUCACUUUGUUACUAUGUAACAGCUUUGAAUGCCGACAACUUUGCGGCCAACCGGAACGUAUACGUGGCCACCACCGGUUCCGUCGACAUCCUAGCCUACAUCAUCUCGAUGAUAGUGUUGGCUUACUUUGGCCGGAAGAGCACCUCGUUUUGUUUCUUCCUGUAUGCCGGCGUUUGUUUGCUUGUCGUUUUGGCGGUUCCACGGGAAAGCACCACGGCCGUCGUAUCCCUGGCCAUGCUCGGGCGGUUGGGAAUUACGGCCGUCUAUGCCGUGGUCACCCUCCAUACGGCGGAACUGUUUCCAACGGAAAUUCGCAACACCGCCCUCGGGAUCUGCUCGACGAUGGCCCACGUGGGUUCGAUGGCCGCUCCCUAUAUCGUGGACCUUUUAGGGCAGCUCGGUUGGUGGAUUCCGACUACGAUAUGUGGUGUUUCGGUGCUAGCAGCUGGCCUGCUCACGCUACUUCAUCCGGAGACGAAGGAUGCCGAGCUCAAAGAUCACGCGAAACAGGAAGUGCGAUCCGAGGGUGACGAGAGUGCCGAACCCAUGAAACAGUAAAGCAUUCGAUAAGAAAUUAGACUAGGUGUGCCCGCGAGUUUUGUGAGUGUGUAUGAGUGUUGUAAGUGCUAAGAUUAUGAUUAGACAAUUUAUACUUGCUGUAUGAAAAUUCGAAUAUAUUACUGUCAAACCAGAAUAAAAAAAAAACAAUC